AUGUCAGCAUAUCAUACAUACCUACAAUCAAAUCUGAAUCUAAUAAGUUUAACAAUGUCAAAUAAUAAAAAGGAUACUAUUGAUACUAUUUUUGAUGGUUUGACUAACUAUCAGUUUGCAAGAUCAUUCAAUCUUGAUGUUGAUGAUGUUGAAUUUCAUGGUUCUGAUGAAAAUCUUGAAUCAAAUGUCACCCUCAAACCCGAUGCUCCUCAUUUAUUAACAUCUACUAUACCUUUUGAAAGUAGUGAUAUUGCUUCCUUUAAUGACAAUAUUGAUAGCUCUCUUAAUUACUUACCUUUAGAUGAAUAUGAACAAGAAAAUCAGGAAAAUAAAAAUGAAAAUAGGAAUCAUGA